CCGCACUCAUCAGUCCGGAGGGUGGGCUCACAUGCGCACAUGCGCACAUCCCCGGGACAAGAAUAGGACUAGACAUUAAUUGUUUGUUUAUUUAUUUGUUUCAUUUCACUAUUGAUUUAUUUUUCUCUUUCACGACUUAUUCUGCUCCUUGUUGUUUAUACUGUUAAUACUGUAGUGAGCGUUGUAACCCCGCCCCCCCAUGCUCUUAAAGGAGUUUUUCUUGCCACUGUCACGCUUGACUUGCUCACUCAGAUUUUUAUUCAUUUUCAUUUCACGAAUGGACUCCUACUACUUUAAAGAUUUAAGUAUUAGGAACCAGCUUACUGGGACAAAACCACUACAUUAAAUAAGCACAUUUGGAACUUGUCUAAAAUGAGACGUCAGCUUGAUGGGGUUGCUAUAUUCCGGGCCAAAGUAUAGUAGAACGUUGUUAUAACCAUGCCAACCCAGUGUUCCAUUAUAGAACUCUUAUAAUAUGACAGAGCAGAACUCUACAAACACAUAGAAAUCUACGAUAUCAGUUCAGUCUGAUCAACGUUUAAGACUACAUUGACGUAUAACGCUAAACAAUGAGCGAUUUAACGGAAAGAAAAGCAAAUACUAUGGCCAGCCACGGUGAACCAGAAACAGACGUGUGCCACGGCGCCGAAACUUCGGCCACUCAGGGCGCUGCGUCCCGAAAACGUACAUUUUCCCGAUCGGCUUCCCCUUGCGCUCUGUCUCUUCACAACAUUGACGAAGCUAGCGACGGGGAGCUUCGCAUUGAUUUGGAGGAAAAGGCAUUUCAGGUGCUUGCCCAGAAAUCGGUGAUCAAAAAGCCGCGCGUGGAAGUUCUAGGAGACGGCGAGGCUCCGUUCGAGCUUAACUUCGCCGGGCUCUCGUUUCCGCGGAAGCUGUGGCACAUCGUGGAGAACGAGACCUACAAAUCUAUCGGAUGGGACGCGCAGGGGAUGUGUGUUGUUAUUGACGCUGAGCUAUUCGUGAACGAAAUUCUCAGGAAGGAGGGAGAUUCUAAGAUUUUCCAAACGACUAAUAUGAAGAACGUCCUGCGCCAACUCAAUCUGUACGGGUUCAAGAAGAUGGGCCGCGUGUGUAAUACCUCCAACGUUGCGAGGGAAUCUACAUCCAAGGUAAAUAUCCACUUAACAUUAAUUAAAUCUUUAUAGCAGGUCAAGCCAUCAAGCAGGCAAA